GCUGCGGCUCUAUGACUCGACUCGACUCGACCGACGUCGUCACAGGCCAGGCCCGCCCCCGUCUAAGCCCACUCCUUCAAGGCCAACGCCAGCGCCAACACCUGACGCCUUGAUUGUAUUGCUCAUUCGGCGAGCAGGCUGGCCGGCAGACAACAGUCAUCACUCCCGCAUAAAUACUAGUCUAAGCAGAUGCCCAUUACCCUCCCUGAGAUCGUUCUCGCACUACAAGCAACCCAUCAAUCAAUCAACCAUUCAACCAAUCCACCGGCAGCAACGGCACAGCAUCAAUGAUCACUCGAAUACAUCGCUGAAUCUAACCCAAAGUGCCUCCAAGACACGAUGGCCACUACAAAAGCAACAAAACUACCGCAGGAGCGGCGCAAAGGCGAGGCUGCCCUGAGCGACUUUGCCGAUUACGUCGAAAAGCAGCAAGCCAUCAGAUUUCCCAGUGCCAAACACACAGCAAUAAGUGCCACGACAACGGCUGUGGCAGCCCACGCCCACGACGACCACGAGGCCGAGCUCGACGACAUCCUUGACGCCCUCGACCUCUCCGACCAGGCCCCUCUGGCCCCUCUGCGCGAGCUGCUUCUCGGGACCGACCAUGACUCAUUACAAAAGCUAGUCGACCUGUUGACCUCUCGCGUCGAGGAGGGCCACGGCGAGGCCCUGUUCGACAUCGGCUUCGAGCACAAUGGCGAGUCCAUGCACCUCGAUAAGCAGGCCUGGGACAAGGCAUGGUGCCGUCUGCAAGAGGCUGCCGCAGAGAUCAGGGCCGACUGCCAAUUACUACUGACAAAAAAUGUUGGCGGUGACGCCGAGAGCCAGGCCGCAGCUACCGACAAGGGCAAGGACUGCAGCGCCAAGGUCCUCAUCCGCCAGGCCCCCGCCACCGUCGAGAACGUCAUCGAGACGAGGAUAGCAGUAGUAGGCAAUGUCGACGCCGGGAAGAGCUCCAUGCUGGGCGUCCUCGUCAAGGGCGACCUGGACGACGGACGAGGAAAGGCCCGUGUCAACCUCUUCCGCCACAAGCACGAGAUCGAGACCGGUCGGACCAGCUCCGUCGGCAUGGAGAUCAUGGGCUUCGACACCCACGGCGGUGUCAUCACCAGCGACACCCCAGGCCGGAAGCUGUCGUGGGAGGAGAUCGGGAAGCGCAGCGCAAAGGUCAUCACCUUCACCGAUCUGGCCGGUCACGAGCGAUACCUCCGCACCACCGUCUUCGGCCUGCUGUCCAGCAGCCCCAACUACUGCCUGCUCAUGGUCGCCGCCAACAAUGGCCUGAUAGGGAUGAGCAAGGAGCAUCUCGGAAUCGCCUUGGCGUUGAAUGUGCCCGUCAUGGUCGUCGUCACCAAGAUCGACAUUUGCCCGCCUCAGAUCCUCGAGCAGACCUUGACCCAGAUCACCAAGAUUCUCAAGUCUCCCGGCGCGAGGAAGAUCCCGAUAUUCAUCAACGACCGCGACGAAUGCAUCAACACGGCGACGCAGUUUGUGUCUCAGCGUAUCACCCCUAUAUUCCAGGUGUCAAAUGUCACAGGCCAGAAUCUGGACCUAGUACGGACAUUCUUGAACAUUCUGCCGCACCAUGGAAGAUACGACGCUGACGCACCUUUCGAGUUCCAUGUCAACGAUACUUUCUCCGUGCCUUUUGUUGGAACCGUCGUCUCGGGUAUCAUCAAGUCCGGUGUCGUCCAUGCUGGCGACAGCGUCGUCAUCGGGCCCGACAGCCUGGGGCAGUUCACCCAGAGCUCCAUCCGUUCUAUCGAGCGCAAGAGGAUCCCCGUGCCAGCCGCGAGCGCCGGCCAGAGCGCUUCCUUCGCCCUGAAGAAGGUCAAGCGGAAAGACGUCCGCAAGGGCAUGGUCGUCCUCCCGAAACCAGUCGACGGCGCCCCGGCCCCGAGGGUGUACAACGAGUUCGUCGCCGAGGUGCUGAUCCUCAGCCACGCCACGACCAUCAAGAAGAAGUACCAGGCCAUGCUGCACGUCGGCCCCGUCAGCCAGACAUGCUCCAUCAUCGACGUGGACAGGCCCUUCAUCCGCACGGGUGACCGGGCCACCGUGGCGUUCAAGUUCGUCCAACGGCCAGAGUACCUUGCUCCUGGCGACCGUCUCCUGUUCCGCGAGGGUAGGACCAAAGGCCUCGGGAUCGUCAAAGCCGUCGGGUACGACAAGAGCUAUUUCCCCAGGAGCGAGGAUAACGGGCAGGGCAACGGGGACGACAAGACCACGCAGGCUUCUUCCGGCCCGCCAGCCUCGGGCGCGGCAGAGCCGGAGCGCGGUCAGGAUGUCAAGGUUGCGGGUUAAUUACCCUUUUCUUUCAUGCGUUUGGUUGUUUGGCACUGGCGGACUGUAGACACUUGAGCCGGCUGGGACGCGCCAACCGUCCUGACUCACUGCUGGUUCUCGAGUGGUGGUCUUGCAUACUGUGCAUACAGAUUGAGUGCACAUACGAGCUGAUGAGUGGGUGGAUGGGUUUGGAUUCACGCAUUCGGAUUGUGGGCUGGAGUUUCAAGGGAGUUUCUCGGAUCGGAUCUUGCUUGAGAAAAGCGAAUAUGCUUGUGCACGUUGUUUUCUUUCUUUCAGCUGUAGCGGACUUGUAUAAUUGUUUAAGCUGUACACCACAAUGCUGUUUCCCCUAUCCCAGUUGUUGGCAUAUGGGCUAACUUAUCUACAUACCACCAAAGGCCCCGUUGCGACAGGUGUGCAACCCCGAGUUGCUCGACUGUGGCGCUAUGUCAUGAGAUUCGCACAAGUAUGGUGGCCAAAUCGCAAUCUCAUCCCCGCGAGCUCAUCAUUGGUCAAGGUCAGAAAACAUCAUAUAAAAUUCAUAUCAUUCCACGUGCAGUAGUUCAAAAUUAUAAUUAUUACGAGAAUUA